UUAAGCUGAGCAGGGACUUGGAUAUUAAACUCUCAAGCAGCUUUUCACCCCUGCCUCCUUCAGAGCCUUUUGUGUCUGCAGACAGAAGAGGGACAGCGGACAGAGGAAAGGGAUGGGGGAACAAAUAUUUCCCAAGGACAUCCCACACCUGCCUAGCAGAGAGGACAAACCAUCUGAGACCAAUGUGGUGGUACAGAAGACUACAUCUUUAUCUGUGGCGCAACUAGCAGGGAAAUUCCAAGAUCAACCAUCGCUUUCUGGAAAGGAGAUACCAGCCAAUAAGCCAACCCGCCGAAAACCACCAUGUACCCUCCCUCUCCAUACACACAAGACAGAGCUUGGCCAGAAUGGUGACCUUAAGCCUUCUCCAAAUACUUCUCAUCCUCCAAAGGUAAAGGUAAAAAGCUCUCCCAUGAUUGAAAAACUCCAGGCCAAUCUGGCAUUUGCUCCAGCUUCGUUACUGCCAGGGGCUUCUCCCAAAAGCCCUGGCCUAAAAGCAAUGGUUUCUCCAUUUAACAGCCCACCCACUACUCCCAGCAGUCCACAAAUUCAGUCUCAGGCAAACGAAUCAAAGGAGACGCCAGUUAGCUUUGAUCAGCCACCAGAGGGCACUCAUCUUCAGUUUUAUAAUAAGGUACGAACGCGGGGAUCAAUAAAACGCAGGCCUCCCUCCAGAAAAUUUCGAAAGUCACAGUCAGAGUGUGAUGACCAAGAUUUGGGGGGGACAGUUUCACCUCAGGAAAAUGGUGCCAAGGAAGAGGAGGAUGAGGAUGAUGUAUUCAUGGACAAGAGUAAGACUGUGAAGUUAUUCUUUCCCACUGUAGAUGGAGUAGACCCCAAUGUGAAACAAAACGUGAGCACAUCUGAUGAAAAACCGCUACCAAGUCAGAGAUCUGGAAGAACAGCAAACAAAGAGAGAGAGAUGGGAACAGGAAAAGGGACAUUAGAUAAGGACAGCGAUGAAGAUAAGCCACACCAGAACCUUGCAGAGGAAAACCAACAUGAGAACAUCAAGGAAGACAAGGAGCGAAAUCCACAUAGCAGCACUGCAGAGGAUACAGAAGGAAAGUCACGCAAGAACACUUUGCUGGGUAGGGAGGAUGAGAAUGGUUCUGAUCAUAAAGAGGGAAAUAAAGAUGAAGGAGAGAGAGGGGAUAACUUCUGUAAGAGUGAAAACACAAAGCAGGGAUCAGACACACAAGACACUGGGACUCCACAGCCUGCAGGAGACAAAAAAACUGCUGCAAGCACCAAUGUGUGA